AUGAAGUAAUACGAAUAGUACUUGAAAUGUUCAUCAACAAGAAGUGCAAAAAAAGAAUAAAGUGAAAGGUGGUUUCACACACCCAGAGCCAUUAAAGAAUAUAAAUACUAUAAUCUGAUAAUAAGAUUUAAAUCAGAAAAACAAUAGAAACCUAGAUGA